AUGGAACUCCGCAGGCACGUUGUGCCUUCAAGCUAUCCAUCCCAUCAAUUUCCACUCGACGACCCCAGUGGACAUUUACGCGUAGGGGCCCGGCAGCCUCUAACGGAUUCAGCUGGCAACUCACAACUCCAUGCUCUUGCCUCGGCGGGGCUUUAUCAUGAUAAUAAGGAGCUUCAGUCUCGGGCAACCAGGCCCAUGUAUCCUACUCCAACAGUCCCAUCAUUACCUCCGCACCAGUCUGUAGGACAGACUUGGGAGCAACGACGACAGAGACAACGCAGACGAAGGUUGCAGAGGUUUACUCGGAACCCUAUCGCCGAUUCUCCGCAGUAUCAGACAUAUCGAAAACGCCAACUGCGUGAUCGGAAUGGCGAGGACUCGAAGUGGCCAGAGGUUCUCGAGGCUGCAUUUCUUGAUGCCUUAAUUGAGAUCCCACUCAUGGGCAGGAGCAAAUAUUCCUACAAAGGAAAGCUCCAUGGCCGCAAUGAGCUGAUUGUAGAAUAUUUAUGGAUCGCAUACCUCCAGAGCCUUCCCCCUGGGCAGCAUCCAGAUCCUACCAUGAUGCGCAAUCGGAAACAAGUCUCCAGCCACAUCCAAGUCAUCAAGGGCUUUCUCAAGGGCCACCCAGCUUAUCACAAGCUCUUCCCAGAGGCCAAGGACGGCAAAAAAGGUCUCGAGAAUCAAUCUUUCAAGAACGACCCAUGUUUGAGAGCUAUCUCGGAGGGCCGGUUGCCACAUACACGGUAUGAUCGAUUCAGAGAAUACGCCGAUGCCAAUCAGGAAGUGGCAAUGCAUCGUUUGUCUAUGAAGCCGACUCAUUUCUGGCUCUUUAUCACGUCCACGUCGAUCCCUGCUGAAUCCAAUGGAAGGGAUAGCAAGGAAGACCUCUAUGCGGAUGGGAAUGUCGCACACCAAUGUACCAUUUUAAAGUCGCAGAGACCUAGCGAUAGCCUCGAGUCAAUUCCUAAUUGGUGGCGUAGAUUUCCACAUCUUCAACGGCUUCAUUCGGCAGGGGAGCUCCAAUGUGACAUCAUCCACAUGGAUGUGUCUCUAAAGUUGAUGUCCACCCAUCCACCGGAAGGAGCAGAACUUGUUAGCCGCACUGAACUGUCGAUACCUCGAGGCGAAUUGGAGAGUUGUGUCUGGCAAAUCGUCACCACUCUCACGAAACCGCCCGAACUCUGUCGAGAUCCAGCCGUUGACCCACCAGUGGAAUCCCAGGCAUCGUGGAUCCAAGUGUUGUCGGUCAAUGAGGAUGAGGCGCGCAUCAAGAUUCCAUUUCCUGCGAACCCAUGGGCUCACGCCUUCACAAAUCUCGCAGAUGUUCAAUUAAAGCACCAAGAGAAGCGGGAUUCCUUCCCGGGGGAAGGCUCUAGAUCAGUGCGAGAAUACGUCAAGCAAAUAUCAAUGUACCAAGAAGUACAAUCCGCAUCGGGCCCCGGGAUGCCCUUCGUGAGACGGGCAGUUAUCAUCUGGACGUUCCGCAAAGCAAGCUCUGGUGAGGGAAAUGGUGGGACUUACUGGCGUUAUCUCCAUCCUUCACCCCCGAGACGGGCUAUCAUGUCCCCAGGUCCUCAUCCCAGGCAUCAUAUCUCUGCCACGAUGAACGAGAAUUUCAGUGCCUUCAUGGAAGCACCCGUACAGCUACAAAGCCAGCCCCAGCACCAGUCGAAUAUGAUGGAUGACGCUUUUAUCCACAACGCACACCCCCAUACCGGUCUUGUCACGCCGCCGGACACGGCGGGCCUACAGUCUCCUUUUGGGACACAACAAUUUAAUUUUGGCGCCAGCCCCUUACAUCAACAAGCUUUCGACAUGCCUCCCGAGAACCUCAGUUUCUCAUCCACAACUACGACUGAAAGUGAUUCUACGUUAGUAGAGACCGGGCAUUCUAACGCAGCCUCGAACCUCGACCACUUCUUAGCUACUACCGUCGUUAAUCUUGGCGCUUAUGAGGAUCCCACCAACGCCGUCAACCACGGGUGGAAUAUACCUGUCACGGAGAGUUUCGAUGCUGAUCCGUCGUGGGCUGGUUACGGGCAGGUAGCAGAUGUUCCACCACCGCACAUCGGCGGUUGGGAAGUCAAUGGGUCGGAGGCCAAGAAUCACAGUUGGGUUGAGCCGCCUGCUCGCAAGAACUCUACUGAGUGGCACAAUAGUGAUGUCGCCGUGGGCCAGGAAAAGCAUCAUCUUGAGUGGAUCAGUGAGGACCCUGCGGGGAAUAUGGAGGGACAUGAGUGGACUGGCGGUGCUGCUAAAGAAGGUGCGAAUCGGCAUGAUAGCAGCGGUACUUAUGACCGAGCUGUCGAGCCUUGGAUGGAACGUGGACACGGGCAUGAGAAUAACCGCGGGGGUCAACAUCACGAUGCUACAAUUCAUCACGAGCACGGGGAAGUGCAAGGCAAAGAGGACGAGAACACGCAUUCCUGCUCCGAGCCCCCCGCCGAUACCGGGUCUCCUCAACCCAAUACUAAUGGUAAUAAUAAUAUGAGUACGCCGGGGAAGCACACGGAUGCAACAUUCACUUCUAGCCCUCCUCGAGAGGGCGGUGAUUUCGAUUACGCAGGGAUGGCGGAGCAACUUAAAGAGGGCGUUGGGCAGUCUUAA